GCCGGCAAAAGUUGGGCCGCUGCUAUUUCAGGUGACGACCUCAGGGACCUCCACGUCGCCGGUCGCAGACAAACCUGUCCGACGGCGCUCCAGGCGAACUGCCGGUCGCAAAGAAACCCGCGGUGCUCUAGCUUUUUUUGUCCGUUAGCGAGCGAUUUGAGAGAAAGGACCUAACAAGCCUCCAUCUUAAGAAAAAGCCUCUUUUAGACAUCCGAUCGCCGAAAAGAAGAGAGAGAAAAAAUCAAGAACUCGGAGCGUCUUCCUUUCUUUUUUGAAUUCUUUUUCCUGCGAAGAUUCGAACCCCAUUUUUUAUCACCUCUUCGUCCAAGAGAAUCUUUCUGGCGAUUUCCCCGCUCCGUUGCCGGAUCUACGAGGAUUCGUUGUUUUUGAUUAUAUAAUAGAACAUCUCUUUACAUAUUUAAGUCGAUAAUACAGCGAAAGCGAGCGGAGGAAUCUGGUAAAAGAGAGAGAGAGAGAGAGAGAGAGAGAGAGAGAGAGAGGGUACUUGUAAGUAAUUUAGGAUUUAUUAUUAAAUUUCAUAAUUUUUCUGGGUUUCCUAUCUGCUGUUUUUGUUCCAAGAAGACUUUUUUUUUUGGAUUCUAGCGUCUAUUUUUAUGCGAGGAAAAGGAAGAAAAAUACGUGGGGUUUGUUGAGGCGGCUGGUAUUCCAUAUUCCGUGGUUGGUACGAUAGGCUGGAGUUGGUAGGUGGACUGGCCGCCAUCUCCAAUUAUUUUCCCCGUUUUUUAAGUAGAAGCAGCCAGUGUUGCAGGAGAGCAGGCGGCGGGAUGGGGAGUUACGCCAAGCUCGCAAGGAGGGCGCUGGAGACCGAUACCCCUGUCAUGGUUCACAUACAAGAAUUGAUCCGGAAGGCUAAAGAUCCGAUAUCGCUUGCGCAGGGAGUUGUUUAUUGGCAACCACCUGCACAGGCUCUAGACAGGGUAAAAGACAUUGUAUGGGAACCUUCAACCAGUCGUUAUGGUGCUGACGAAGGUCUUCCUGAACUAAGGCAUGCUUUAAUUGAGAAGUUGCGUCGGGAGAAUAAAUUGAACAAGUCUUCAGUUAUGGUCACAGCUGGUGCAAAUCAGGCAUUUGUAAAUAUUGUGCUUACCCUAUGUGAUCCUGGGGACUCGGUUGUUAUGUUUGCACCAUAUUACUUCAAUGCAUACAUGUCCUUCCAGAUGACGGGCAUCACUAACAUACUGGUUGGUCCUUCCAAUCCCAAGACUCUUCAACCAGAAGUAGACUGGUUAGAGAAGACUCUAUCAGGAGAGGGCAACAAACAAAUACCCAAGCUUGUUACUGUUGUAAAUCCAGGAAAUCCAUCUGGGGUGUAUAUUCCAGAGCCGCUACUGAAGAGAAUUUCAGAUCUUUGUAAAAGUGCUGGUGCAUGGCUUGUUGUAGAUAAUACCUAUGAGUAUUUUAUGUAUGAUGGAUUGAAGCAUUCAUGUAUAGAGGGUAACCACAUAGUUAACCUCUUCUCCUUUUCUAAGGCAUAUGGAAUGAUGGGAUGGCGUGUGGGAUAUAUAGCAUACCCAACUGAGGUGGAGGGUUUUGGAGCACAACUCCUCAAAGUCCAAGACAAUAUACCGAUUUGUGCUUCCAUCAUAGGGCAGCAUUUGGCUCGCCAUUCCUUGGAAGUAGGACCCGAAUGGAUUAGAGAACGGGUGCAGAAGCUCGUGAAGAACAGGGAGGUGCUUGUGAAGGCUUUGGCUCCACUAGGGAAAGAUGCUGUUAAGGGUGGGGAGGGGGCCAUCUACCUCUGGGUGAAGCUUCCGGAUAAAUUUUCUGAUGAUUAUGAGGUUGUCAGGUGGCUGGUGAACAGGCAUGGGGUGGUGGUGAUUCCUGGAAGCUCCAGUGGUGGGCCUGGGAACAUCCGGAUAUCUUUUGGGGGGUUGAAUGAGGCUGACUGUGAGGUUGCUGCUGAGAGACUGAGAAGAGGAUUAGAAGAGUUGGUGAGGGAUGGGAUGGUACGGUAGCAACUG